AUGCAGGCAGACAGGCAACUGCAGCUUACGGCCAGGGUGCUCGCCCCUCUGGUCACACAGUGCCAUGUCCAACAGCGUCUCACCCCAGCACCGCGACGGAUCCGCCGAGAGCCCUUGCCGGAGGGGGUGACAGAAGAGAUCUUGGCUGCUGAGCGUGCCGAGUUUCGACGCUUUCUUGCCCAGGACCGGUGGACCGAAGAGCAGCGCAUCCAGAUUAAGCAACUGCGCCGUCGUCGCCAAAAUUCGUUUUAUGCCCGACGCAACCGGCGUCGCCAACUCUCUGACACGAACGGAGAUGCCAGCUUUGAUUCGUAUGCCUCCCCGAGCCAAAACUUGACCGUACAACAGCUACAACUACAGCAGCAGCAGCAGCAGCAGCAGCAGCAACAACAACAACAGAUGCAUUUUCAGCAGCAACAGCAGCAACAACAGCAACAACAGUCCCUUCAUGGUGGUCGACGCCCAGAGAGUGUGGGUGCAGACUUUGACGCGGCUCAAGCUGCGGCUCUGCUUCUGUCACGCAACGUGGCGGGUGCAUCGCUGUCGGACCUGCAACAGAUGGUGGCAGCUCUCCAGAAUGAACUUCGGUUGUGUCAUGAAGACUGCCAGCAACUGCUGUGGCGGUUGGCAUGCAUGGGGAUCAUGCCACAAGCCAUCAAGUUGAACCGCAACUACUUGCCUCCUGCUGCUCUUUUCCCAGGCGCAUCCAUCCCCACCCAGCCAGUUCCAAAGCCGAACAAGUCCUCUGAUCGUCCGGCAAGCGCGGUAGCAGGCACCUCGAAUGUGUCCGAGACUGCAAUGGAGAAUCAGAAUCAGAAUGAGAGUGAGAGUCGCAAUGUGGCAAAGCGACAACACCAGGAUUCCGAGGACGAAGGCGAGGAGAGUCAGGGUGAGGACGUGGAUGGUGCGGCCGAACGUGAAUCCCGACUCUCAUCUUUGGACGAGGAUAACGAGGAUAACGAGGAGGAUGAGGAAGACGAGGAUAACCGCCAGCAUAAGAAGCGACCCGCCGCCCAACAGCAAGACGCACAAACCCCAUCGGCCCACCUGGCCAAGAAGCGGGCGCGCAAGCUCAAGGCGCAUUUGACACAGGGACGGCAUGAUCAGAGUGAUGGAAGUGACGGCAGUGACUGUGAACGCGAGAGGGAUGCUGGUGAGCACCCAGGAUCAAGCCGUCCAAACAAGCCCUUAACAUCGAAACGAAGCACCAAGCCGCCAGCCAAGCGACUUCAGAGCAACGAAGGCACUCGUUCGCAGACCAAGGGCAGUGACGCGGUACCGGCCGGCACCGUGGGCGUCAAGGACACAUCCAAGGACCGCAACUCUUCGGGCGCCUCGCCCAACCUACCUGGGGUUGAUGGCAAGCGCCGUGACGGCACCGCAACACCACCGCCAGCAUCAUCAAGGGGGUCUGGCAACCCGUCGUUGGCACCACAGACAUCUACCAUGUCCAUGCCUGGAUUCCCACCAGGCAUGACCAUGCCUCAAUCCUUUGCCGGCAUGCCCAUGGGGGCCUUUCAAAUGCCACCGGGGGCCAUGAACAUGAUGCCGCACAUGGCGAUGAUGAGUCGCUGGUAUCCCGAGGCCAUGGCUGGCUGGCGUCCGCCAUUUGCGACCCAAUCGUGCUUUUUCUUCUUGUAUUGGGAGGGAUCUUUGCUCCUCUCCUCGCUUCCGCGUGGCAUGCUGCAGGAGUCAGGUGGGCGUGAUGGUGGCAGCGGUGUGUGCCGUUGAAUAGUGCAGCAGGGCUUGUUAACUGUGUGUCGUCCUGCUUCGAGUGGGACCGGUGCCUUCAACCGUCCAAGUAAUUGACGUU